AUGAGAGCUCUAGCUCCGCUGCUGCGUUCGGCCCUCAACAAUGCCCCAACUGGACGCAUCCAGUUGCUGGAUCCAUCCUUCGCAUCCGCCAAAUCCCUCUUCACCAAUGCUGCUGCUGCUUCGGAGCCUACCGAUAACUUCGCGCAGCGGUUAUUUCGAAAGUCAGACGAAGGUGGGAUGGGCUUCUACCGACAGCUCGAGAAGGCGCAGAACGCGCUGCACCAGCGGCCGCCGUCGUCCGCGAGCGUUGGGGGCGCGGGGGAUAGCGGAAGUUACAACACUUUGCAAGACGGGAUGGAUCAGAAGCUGAAGAACAGCGCCAUGGACUUCAGGUUCGAUUCAGUUUCUGGUGGUGGCACCUCCUUCGCCAACAAACAGGAUCCCGGUGGUUUUCAGCCGAACCCGAGCUUGUACCCUCGCCCGUUUAAUGACUCAAGGCAACAACGACCCUAUAGACCGCGACCCAGAUAUGAAUUCAAAGUAACUACCGAGGAAGUUCUGAAAAAGGCCGAUUUCAGGAAUGUUAGGUUCCUUGCGAACUUUAUAACAGAGGCUGGAAUCAUUGUCAAGAGGAGUAAGACUGGUAUAAGUGCCAAAGCCCAGAGGAAAAUUGCCAGGGAGAUUAAAACAGCUCGAGCUUUCGGCCUAUUGCCUUUCACAACCAUGGGGACAAAAUCAUUCGUCUUUGGCCAAACUAUGGAUGAAGCAGAAUCUCCUGUAGCAAAACCUCCGGGCUACUAG